AUGCAGCACUCCACGUCCGCGCAGCAACAGCAGCAGCAGCAGCAGCAACAGCAACAACACGAGGGCGAAGGGGAGGGCGAGGGGAGCGUGUACGACCCCGCGCAGCUCGAUCCGGCCUCGAUCCACGAGCAGCUCGCGCUGCAGAUGCAGAUGUACGCGCUCAACAACGCGGGCGCGAUGACGGACUCGACGUUCUCGCCUUCCUCGACGCCGUUCCCCGGCCCCGGGUACAAUCCCUGGGCGUUCCUGCAGAACGGCGCCGGAGUGGCCGCGGGCGGGCGGCAGCUGAUGACGAGCAUGAGUCUGCGGAGCAGUCCGAGCCACGAGCCCGUGCCGCUGCCGCUGCCGAGUAUGGUCGGGCGCGGGCUGAGGCGGCGGGAGCGGAGCGUGAACCUGCGCGCCAACGGGCACGGCGCGGGCGGUAAUGGCGUGAAGCGCGGGAAGGUGAAGCCGCCGCCGAGGGUGGAGAGCACUCAGCCGAGGGAUACGUCGCCAGAGUUGAGCGAUGGGGAGGAGACGAGCACCGCGGGAGAGGAGGAGCACGAGGACGAGGUUCGGAACGGGAACGGGGUAUACCAGGAGUACGUGCCGGAGGAGGGGCGGUGGGUGAACGGCGUGCACGGGGACGAAGCCGGCGAGUGGGUCGAUGAGGAGGAUGACGCGGAAGAAGAUCUGCUGGAUCUCGAGUUCCAUCCGAGCUAUAUCACCAGCAUUGAGAAACGACGGCGGCGAUGGGCGGCCAAGUGGGAGAAUCUCCUACAAGCGUUCCAGGAAUUGGAUCGCCAGACAGACGCCACGCUCGUCCUGCUGGCGUCACCAUCGCACUCGACCAAGCUGCACGCGAUCACCUCGCGCUCCAUCCGGCGUGACCCGUCGCUGUUGCACUCGCCUGCGCUAUCCCACAUGCGGCAUUCGUUCAACCAGAUCGCGAGCUCCCGUCGGGUCUCACGCUCGCAAGUGCCGACCCUUUCCGACCGCAUGCGGUUCGCGGCAGCAUCAUCGUCGGACGGCUCCUCGACGGUUGCCGAGACCGACCGCGAGGCAGACCUUCGGCGCGCGCUGGAGGCCUCGAUGGGCAGCUUGGGCCUGCUGGGGCGCAUCUUCGAGGAGCGGGAGUACCGGUGGAAGGAGGAGUUUAGGAACUUGCGCUCGGACCGGGAGAGGGUCGAGCUCCUACUUAGGCAGUCGAUUGGUAUGGGGCUCUCUGGUGGCACGGGCACGAACAUCAGCAUUGGGUCUUCGCAAUGAGUUGGGUGGCUAGGAUUGUAUCAUCAGCAAUACUUCACUGUGCUUGUACACGAUGUAUGUUGUACAAACUUCAUUUCCCGCGAUGUUCCCCCUGCAGUAUCACAGAAAUACUCUCACAU